AGUCAAACGAUAAGGAGAGACAGAAAGCAGGAGUGAGGCAGGGAAAAACAGGCCGACAGGGAGAAAAGAACGUUUAGGCUAGAGACCAGAGGCCAGAGAGAAAAAUAAACUAAAAGGGUGAAUCAGGGAAAACUCCAGUCCGGUCAUGGAAGCAGAGCUGGAAGAAGAGGACGGGAGUUUCACUAACAUCUCCCUCGCCGAUGACAGACCUACAGUGGACAGAGGAAGUGCAGUCCUGCAUACCAAACAGGACAACAAGGACUUCACCAUGAACUGCGACAUGGAUGGAGACAUGGAGAACCAGGUAGAGAUGGAGGAGAAGACGAGGCUCAUCAACCAGGUGCUGGAGCUACAACACACACUGGAAGACCUGUCAGCACGUGUGGAUGCGGUCAAAGAGGAGAACCUGAAGUUGAAGUCGGAGAACCAGGUUCUAGGCCAGUACAUCGAGAACCUCAUGUCGGCCUCCAGCGUGUUCCAAACCACCGACAACAAGAGCAAACGGAAGUAACCCACGACGACCAAGAGGAGUGAGACCACCUACAACAGCCUGGUAGCAGAUCUGUUUGUGCCAUCUCCAUGUUUGGGAUUACACAAACCGUAGGCAUGAUAGCACAAACAGACUGGCACUCAGGCUACCUGCAACAUCUCUCCCAAAUGACAGCAGAGGAGGUAGAAGCUGUUUGUAACCCCAGUUCUAGGGACGGAUAUGGACGUGUUCCAAAUGGCAGAUUAUUUCCUAAGUAGUGCACUAUUUAGGGAAUAGGAUGUCAUGAGCUCUGGUUAAAAGUAGUGUACUAUGUAGGGAAUAGGAUUCCAUGAGCUCUAGUUAAAAGUUGUGCACUAUGUAGGGAAUAGGAUGCCAUAAGCUCUGGUUAAAAGUAGUGUACUAUGUUGGGAAUAGGAUGCCAUGAGCUCUGGUUAAAAGUAGUGUACUAUGUAGGGAAUAGGAUUCCAUGAGCCCUAGUUAAAAGUAGUGUACUAUGUUGGGAAUAGGAUGCCAUGAGCUCUGCUUAAAAGUAGUGUACUAUGUAGGGAAUAGGAUGCCAUGAGCUCUGCUUAAAAGUAGUGUACUAUGUAAGGUAGUCUGAUCCUAGAUCUGUGGUUAGGGGCAACUUCUAAUUCCAGACCCCCGAAUCCUCCCAACACUCUAACCACACCCCCAACCCCACCCCUAAGAGUCCAGUUUACAUUCUCUUUUUACCCUCCUAACAUAAAACCCCAGACAUGAUUUAACUGUUUUAUAAUUCAUCUUAUAAUACUGUUUUGUGUUGUCAUGUCAACUGCAUCUCCAAUGAGUUAUGACAUCAGACCUUUAUUUUGAUGACUGGUUGUAUCUGGAAGGAAACGGGACUUGUUGUAUAUGAAUAUGGCCAAACUCCUGGCCCCAAAUAUGAAUCAAACAUAUUGAAUGACAUGUCAAUGUCAUUCAAUAAUAUAAUGUUAACACAUUCCAUCAUCUCAUCUGAUUGGUCAAAAGGUUACCAAGUGUCUGUUUUUUUAAUUGUUAAUUUCCACCACUUAUUGAUGGACACAAACAUGAUGAAGUAUGAUUCUGUAAGACGUAUUUUUAAGCAGUACUACUAAUAUACUCCUCCGAUGUGUGUUGUCGUCACUGGUAUACUACUCAUUCCACUAGGAACGGGGUUCCUAAUUCAUAUCGUCACCGUGCCGUGUGGAGUCAGUAGGGGAAAAGCACAGUAAACAAGUGUUAUGCUGAACAUAGCAAAUACAACCCUUGACUAGGGUCAAGUUACACUACAGGGUGAGACGGCCUCCUUUACCUAUGAUGGUAGAGGAGGAUGGAGGGAGUCAGGGAGGACAGAAGAGAGAGAGAGAGGUCUGCUUUUUACAGUUAAGAGCCUUGAGUGGUAUUGAUUAGAACACUCAGGCUGUAGAACACUCCGGAAGGUUCCGUCAGUGCAUUAACACAGAUCUGCUGAUAAGGAAGGUUGUUAUUCCUGCUUUGGGUAAUGGCCUGUGGAAGCAUGGCUGUGCUCUCUCCUAGGCUGGUUAUAGUAGAGAGAGCCGCGAUCAGGAUAACAUGGACAGUUAGGCUUUUGGCUAGGUCAAUUUCCAUUCUAUUUGAAUAGAGGAUGAAAUUCCUAAUUAAAAUCAGGAAGAAUCACAACACUCAAUUGUACAGAGAUCAGAGCGAGUGGUUCUAUCAGAGAACCACUCUAUUGGUUCCAGGUGCUAAAGGAAAAGAUGAGGGAAUAUUGGAGAUGAUUCCACUGCACUUCAAUGCAUCAUGUUAUUUAUUUUUAUUUCAAUAUAAAAUGUUAUUUUUUAUUAUGUUAAAUGGUAUUAUAUUGUAUGCUCUUGACUCUUGUUAGUCCCAAAUGGCACCAUGUUCCCUAUAUAGUGCACUACGUUGGGCCUUUAGGGCCCUGAUCAUAAGUAGUCCACUAUAUAGGGAACAGAGUGCCAUUUGGGACAGUGAACUUAGUUUUUCCUUCAGGCAUGUUGAUAAUGUCUACACACAUCCUAUGGAACUAACUGCCUGGUGUGUAGAAGUUUAGAAAUUCUAUGUUGCCUUUUAACACUUUUGUUUUAAUAAAAAAAUAUACUUCUUA